CAGCACCAACGCACAGAAAAGACUUGGCAAUCCCACAGGAGGCGACCGGUACAAAGUCUGACCCCAAUCUCUAUACUCCCGGCGCAACGGAACAGUCGACAGCCUCAUUGCCCCGGGCAGGAGAAGCGCUCACUACACCAACCCCACAUCAACAUGACACAACGGUACCAACCGAAGCACGGGACAAGCAUGGGUCAAGUGAAGCUACCCUCGGAGAUAGGUUAGAAACAGGCACUGCCGCGCCAUCUCACAACCAAGACGGGGUAUCGGUGCAAGCAUCAUCACCCAUUAAACAAGUACCAGCACAUACCAAACAAGCACCAGCACAUACCAAACAAGCACCAGCACAUACCAAACAAGCACCAGCACACACCAAACAAGCACCAGCACACACAGCAGCGCGCAAGAGUCCAGACUCGGCACACGAUUCAUCACUACCCAUCGCAGUGGCCGUACACGCACAUGCACACCAACAAGCACACGCACCCAAGCAGAUACCGGUCCAUUCAUCAUCACCCCACGAGCACAGGGAACUGCCGGACGGCAAUGCGAGCGUGAGUGCCAUCAGUCUGUCACCAGUGCCACAGCCGCAAAGCGGUGCCAAGGGGAAGCCAUGCGGCAGUGACGGCGUACGACCGGCGGCACCAGGCCUGGCGCUGAAUGGCUCUGUGAAUG